AUGGCUACUCCAAGCUUGUCUGAUAUCACUUUCUCUUUGCAGAUCUGUGGACUUGUAUACAAACUCGUCAACCCAUAUGGUAUACGGGCUGCGACUUCCUUCCUGACCAAACGAGCCUAUGUAUUUUUAUCCAUUCUCUUGCGCGGGAAUCGAAGUAAUGGUGAUCGGUAUAGAAUGGCGGCUUACUUUGCGCCAUCGCCAUCGAGGAAUGUUAUGGAUGAACAGGUUGCAAGAUCGCUAGCCAUCGAUCAAAUGCUGACCUGA